CAGGUGCCCGGGCUGGUUGCCACAGGCCUCCCUGCGGUGCAUGAGUGAGUGGAGGAGUCCUUUCAGGGCUUGCCCUGGCCUGUCCUCACAGACCAGAGGAUCCCAGUGUGUCCAGCAGAGGAGAUCACCAGAGGCUAAGGCAAGGAUACAGCAUCAAAGUGAAAUCCAGUAACAUCAACCUGCUGCUUAUCUGAAAAAUACAAUUCCAGCAAGCAGUUUCCCAGCCCAAGCGUAAUGCGUGCUACAGUUUGGAUCUUGGAUGUCUCCCAAGGAAAGGCUCCAGCUGAGUGGCACAAUUUGGAGAAGGUAAAAUGAGUUGGGGACUAGGAGGAAGUCCUUAUGUUUUUGGUGAUGUGCCCUCAAAGAGGGUUAGGGGACUCUAAGCCCUUUCUCUUCAUCUGUCUUUUGCUUCCUGGAGAUUACACACUCCCACUGUAGGUCCUGCUUUGCUCCAGGCCCAGCCAGUCAUGGAUUGGAAUCCUCAAAACUAUGACCCAACAUAAACCUUUUCUCUUUGUAAGUUUAUCGUUUCAGAUAUUUGUUGCAGUUAGGGAAAACCAAAGCAAUACUUAAAAUGUAUCUGUUACUCCUAAGUAAGAUGGCUUGUCUCACAGGAGGACUCUGUGUUGUUCUUAGUUUGUGUUUGUGUGCUUCCUGUAUUGGAGGCUGGGAAGUCAUUCUCCAGCUCUGAGGGAAAGAGGGUCAUGAAGACAGGGUGUGGCCAGUUCCAUGUUUCCCCUUGCACCUUUGGGUACCUGGACAAUGUGAAAGAAUCUCAUUCUUCUGGAUGUUACUCCUUUAGCAUCAUAAGGACAUGGCAAAAAAGCAAGGCAAAACGAAACACACAUUCCUAUGACAAUAGAAAUUCACAAUCCCUUCAGGAGUCCUUUGCAUAGAAUUUUAUGUUCAAUUUGACCUUUUGUUUGAGGCAGAAAUUCAUGAACAUAAAAACGUAGUGAAAUAGCUCAAGCUGCUUGUCAGAUUGCAGCUUGGAAACUCAGCUUACUACAAAUUGGUCUAAUUAAGCUUUAUUAAAAUUGGUACCCCAGGGUGAGUUUUUAUUCCUCAUACAAAGGAUGACAUUGCAGGUUUCCACAGACAAUAUAGGCACAUCAAAUGCUUUCAUGGGUGAAUUUUCCAAACAGGGACAGCAAAAGUGCCAGGGACGGCAUCCGUGGAGCACAUGGGGAUGUUUAACUGCUCAUUGAUUGCAGUUUUCAUUGGAGCAAAUUAAAUGGAAAUGAAAACAAAGCUAUGCCCUCACUCUGCAGGGUGUUGGAAAUCCAGGCUGCCUGGGGCAGGGUAAGGGGCUGUUGGAGGAGCUGUGAGGCUCCCGAAGACAAAGUUGCUCACUUUCUCCACCUCCCUUCUCUGACUGCCUCCCAUCUCCGUUUUCUUCUUCCUUCCCUGAAAUCUCAGGAGGAAUCUUAAUGAAGGGAAAAAGCUUCCAAAAAUAAUGUCCCUAGGUCAGAUGGUCAUGCAGACCUAUGCAAGCCUUCCUGUGCACUUGGCUGCUCCUCUGCUAUGAAGCGCAGUACCCACUGUAGCCAGUAGAGCAUGAGGACAGUGUAGAAGAGCUGUCAUCACAAGAUGGGACAGAUUGCAAACCGGUCCUGCUGCUGUUCAUCACAUCCUCCCUGGCUCCUCGUGAGGGCCAGGAAGGAGCCACAGAACAAGGGAGCCCUGGGAGAUGGAGGUGCCCGGAAUGGUGGAAUCUGUGGAGAAGGGAGCUACCUGACACAUCCAGCUCUGUAAUACUGGAAGACAAUUAGCCUUAUGUCUUUUUUGCUCUGUGCUCUGAAUCCCAGACUCAUCUAUAUCAGACUGUUUCUUUGCCUUCUCUGUCUGAGGAUCUAAGGAGUAGCCGAAACUUCCAUUUAUCUAAGUUAAACCUUGGUUUGGGGGAGUUCUGAGUACAUUUUGGCAAGGAAACUGAAUACACAAAUGGAGAGCCACUGGGCAGAGUAAAAUGGAAAGAGGGAAAUGCUAUGCAAGGUGGAAUGAUGUAGCUGGCUUCUGCUGUGGACACCUAGAGACUUGGGUCCAGGAGGCCUUGUAGAAGAGCUGUGCUUGGGCCAGAAGACCUUGAAGAAGAGCUGUACAGAGAGAGCCUCAGCACUGCCCACCUGUUACCUGCCCCUCCUCAGUAAAAGUUGUCUCCGUGGCCUUGACUUAUUGGAAGUCCCAGACUUACAUAGGUAUCUGGACUGCUGACAUGUGGGGCUCUCCAGGAGUCCCAGAAAGCAGCUGAGAAGCCCUUACACAGGUGGCAAGAGAAGCACUAUGCACCAGAGGUCAAGGUGGACAUAGCAACUACUGAAAGAAAAGACUGUCACAGAGGAUGGGGAGAGUUGAGUGUCUGAGAGACAUCUUGGACUCUGCACUUUCUCUUUAGCUUGCAUUCCACUCAGGAGAAACUUCUGUGGGCUCUAGUUUAGUACUAUGUUCUGGAUCUGAUCACCUCUCACUGUCCUCACAGUUGCCAUUCCAUUCCUAACUACUAACAUCUCUAGUCAGAGUGAUGAAAAGAGUUUCUUGAUGAGGUCCCCUUUCCAACUUUGCAUCUCUUCCUUGUUCCCCAGAGCAACCUUGCACAUGUGGUGGGCAGCCAGGAUGACCCUUGAAUGGCUCAUGCAUGCAUUUCCCCUUCCCAAAUCCGAAUGGCUUUUCAUCUCACUCAGAAUAAAAUUUUAAAUCCUUUUUAAGAUCUGAGGGUUUGUUCCCUUCUUCUCUUUCUGCUAUGACCUGAAUGAUUACAUCCACUUCAAAAUUCAUAUUAAAACUCAAUAGGCAAGAAUAUUAAGAAGUGGAGACUCAAGACCUCAGGACUCAGGAGGUGAUUAAAUCUUGAGAUGAGUUGAUUAGAGCUUGUGAAGAGAUUGUCUCUCUUUCUAUGCAAAGACACAUUCAUUAUUUGUCUCCUCUGCAAAAAUUCAUGGUGCUAUCUUGGCAACAGAGAUCGAAACUGCUGGUGUCUUGAUUCAGACCUUCCAGGCUCCAGAACUGAGAAACACAUUCCUGUUGUCCGUGCAUUGCCUAACCUCAGGGGUUUUGUUACAGCAGCAUGGACAAUUUUCUGAUCUCUAUGAGUACCCUGCCCCCUCUCCUGUCACUGUGCCCUCUUCACUUUGUCCAGAUUGCUGUUGUUCUCCCACUUCAAGGCCUUGUACCUGCGAGUCCCUCUGAACAGGGUACUUUUCCUCCAGAUGUUUCUUUAGCUCAGCCCCUCACCUCACUCAUAUCUUUGCACAGACAUCGCUAGUCAAAAAUUUUUCUCUAAUUCUUUUACUUGCAAUACUACCUUUUCCUCCAUCCAUCUAUUUCCUUUAUUCUCAUUUUUCUCUAUGCCUGAAAUUUUACAGCUGUCUUCAUUUGCUUUUGGCCACUCCUCCCCAAGUGCUGUUUCUUACAUUUAGACUAGAGAGUUUGUUUUGCAACCAGUGUGUAGCCAGUACCCAAUAUAGUGCUUAGCACACAGCAGACCAAAACUCUGCUCAGUGGGGAUCCUCUGGAGGGGCACAUGGCAAACCCAUCACUUGACCCUCUCCUUUGUGUGGACACAGAGAAGACACUAGAGACAGGCAGAAGGUCUGGUAGCAUGGAGUGCAUCUGAAGGACGCUAUACAUUUGGUUGAGUUCUUCAGCCUAUGUGUUGUAGUACGGGGGCCAGGAGAACAGCACAGCUGAGAACAUGUAGUUAUAGUGAGUUUGAAUCUCAAACUGGCUCAAAUCCCCAGAAGCACUUGAGAGGUGUCUUAAUUCCUUAUCUCGUUGCUGUGACAAAAUACCUGAUUCCUACAAGUUAAAAAAGGGAAGGUUAAACUUCGCUUACAGUUUGUAGAAGUUUCUGUCCUUAUUCAGCUGGCUCCAAGCAAGUGGUGUGACAGAAAGGCAUCACAGAGGAGAAACAGUUCAUGAUGUGUUAGGCAAAAGGCAGCAAGCAGCAACAGCAAGCCCACCUUCCUUCUUUUUCCUUUAUAUUUCAACGAGGCUAUAUGCCUAUUGAAUGGUGCCAUCCACAUGAAGGGCAGGGGCUCCACUAGCCACACCCAGAACAAUGGUGAACACAUUCAGUUAUCUCACACUUAAUCCCAGUAUCACAAAUCCUGGAUCCAGCCACCUCUGAAAAGUCUUACCUAUGAGUGCAUGAGGAGGAUCUGAGAAUAUGCACUUUUUCGUGCACUCCAGGAACCUGGCUAAUCAGAUCCAAAAUGUCCGUGAGGCCCUCUGGAGGGAUCCAGUCAUCAGGCUUCCUCCAACAAAAAUGGGCAGUUUCUUCUACGUGGGCAGCACAGGUACUUUUCUGUGACUGCAUUCAAUGUUUUCUCUUUUUUUUAUUUAAAAAGUAUAAAAACAGUAUAGAAUAAAAAUAGGAAAUUAAUGCUAGUUAAUAUAUUGUAUAUUGUUAUUUUAAAAGUAGUUGUUCAGAUUACAAGAUUUAGGCAUGAAAAAAACAAUCAAACAAUCAAUUUUAAUCCAAUGGAAGGUAGAGGUAAAGCUCAAAGACCUAUUAUAGAUUUUUAUUGUUUGUACCAAACCACACAGUCAGGAUGAGGAGGAAAGGCACACAGGCGGCUUGGUGUUAGGUUCAGCAGGAAGUUAUGGACAUGGCUGAGGACACUGACACCAUGUGGACCAAGGCUGUGACCCCCCACAGGGAGGGGACAGUGCAGUGUGAGGGACCACUCUGCCCCCAGUGUCUGUCUUCAUAGUUAAUGUUUUAUAGGGACACAGCCACAAUCAUUGCUUACGGGCUUUCUAGGGCUACUUCUAUAUUAAAAGGACAGAACUGAGUAGCUGUGACAGAGAUAGACACUGACAAUAACAUUUCCUGAGCCCCGGGCUAGCAGAAAGAGCCUGACAACCCCGCUGUGUUCCUUUCAUAUUUGAUGCAAGCAACUCUCAUAAGCUCCUGCUCUUUAACUUUGUAUGUGGUACACAAUUUUGGAUUAAUUUGCAUAGAUUUAUGUCCAUCUAAAAUUUCCUGGCCUAGAAGGUACUCAAUUACAGAUUGAUUAAACAACAAUAACAGGAGACUAUAUUAAAAUGCACUGGGAUUUUAUAUUCUCUGCUCUGUCAAUCAUGCAAGGUCAUCGGUACAGAUGAAAAAACAAGGGGCACAUCUUGAAGCCUGAUAGCCUUUCAUGAUUGUUGAGGAUAAAAUCAAACCUGGGUGGCACCUGGGUGCCACUGUGACAUCUGGAGCACUGGUGAGAAGCAAUGGCUCCUGUGUGGCCACUGUUAGUCUGGGAAAUAGACACUGCCUAGAACUGCUGUUAGCAUAUAUUAUCCCACGCUUGAAGGACAUGGGGGAUGACUCCAAGCAUAUAUGCAUCAAGCAAAACAUAAAAUCAGGGUGAGGUGGAGGUGGGAGGGAUUAUCUGAAGCCCAUUUGCCUUUCAUAUGAAAGUCCAGAGUCCCUUCUCUUAAAAUGUUAUCGUUUAGCCCUGCCUUUUCUCUUCUAUAUCUAAACCCUGAAAGAUUCUUGUUUACAUUUUUUCUAUUUAAAACACCCUAUGUAGUUAGUGAGGCUGUAGCAGCCAACACGGAGAGUCUAGAAUGUACAGUCUCAGAAAGCUGGCUUUAUAUUCCCAGCUCCCUAUUACUGCACAGGAUGACCUUGAAAAAGUUGCAUAAUCUUUCUGAACCCUGCUCCGUGGACUGUAAAAUGAAGACAAUCCAUCCCAUUAAAUCAUUGUAAGAAUUUUAACGAGACUGCAUAACUCCUUCCACCACUCUCUCUUCCCUUUUAUAAAAAUGGUUGAACCACUUACAAAUUAGAUGCUUUAAAAUCUGAGGCUGCUUCCAUUGUCAUUUGCAAGAGAUGAAUCAUGGCAGGCUGGGUGCUGGACUUUUUUAAACUUUGCUGAUAUAUAUAUAUAUAGCAAAUAUGGAGGAGUUUAUCGCUUACUUCUUUUAGAACAUGCUCCCACGGGUCUGAGGAUGUUUAAAAAAGAAUUUUAUUUAAGUGCAGACAAAGAUCAUAGAAGGACACAUACUCAUGUGGAGUCAGGUGAAAGAAUACUCAUGUAGGCAGUGUGUCGGUGGGAAUCCCUGCUUCUUUCUGUGCUUUCUCUGACUGUGUCUUCUUAGGUUGGCCUGUGCCAGGAGGCUCACAGAGAGAUCAAAAGUCUCUGUUGGAGUUAAUUGAAAAUACUAAAUAAAAGGACGAAUUACAUUUGUUUGCCAAACCACUUUAUUUAUUUUAGCACAGAUUUUGUGAACUCAGGACUGAUCUGGAAACCUCUGGGUGGAUUUCAGCCUUCUUUGGGUUGGGUGAUAGUGUCACCAUCUGCUGAUUCCCAACCCCUUCCAGAUGAGCCAAGAGUGGGCAUCGAGGGGAAGGAAGUUUCCCGAUCCAUGCAGGUGGUGGAGGCAAGAAUUAGGAAUUAAGUCAUUCGCUGACUCAGGUGACCCAGCCACCUGGAAAUCCCAGAGUACAAUCAUGAGGAAGAGACAUUCUGAGUUCCAGCCUCCCUCUUUUUAACCACAAGAGGACAGGUGAAGAAAGAUGAAUCCACCUACAAGCAGGCACAACUUUGGAACCUGAGGAUGUUCACCAAACCUACAAAAUGGAGACCAAAGUGGAAAUAGGAAGUGCUGGACCCACUGGACACAGGAACACAGCCGCUGGUGAGGAAGGGAAUAAAUGAAACAAACAAACAAACAAACAAACAAACAAACAAACAAACAAAUCUGGCACCUGCUCUGCAUUCCUCACUACCCUGCUAGCUGGAGGAAAGAACGGGGUUGCUCAGUGAAGCAGCAUCAUCUCAUAGCUCAGUGCACCAUGUUCCUGUUGAAGGAGCAGGGCUCAGAGCGCAGGGCUGCAGGGCUGCCGAAGUUAAUUUUUCAUCAGAUUUCACUGGAACAGAGCAGUGAUCUUUCUGUCUUGCUGUUCCUCCUUGGUCCAGGCCAGAGAGAGAAGGCAGCGUGUCUUAGGACUCUUUAGCCUGUUCCCUUUGUCAUGUUGGGGUUGUUACUAUCACCAGCUUCCUGUACAGAUCAUGUUAGGUAAAAAAAAAAAAAAAAAGCCCAGGGAACUCUUCAGGGUGUCACCCCUCCAUUCCAAGCAAACCUGCCUGUCUGCUUUCUUAUCUCCAUAUUUUAAAAUUUUCUUGCUGUUUUACAUUUGUGCCUGGAUUUUCUAGUACUUUCAUAGUUCUAUUUUUAAAUUGUUUUACCUUCUUGGAAUCUAUUCUUGUUUGUGCAGUUGCUGAACCGUUGUUUUGACAAAUGUCAGAUCAACAUAUCAAGAACCAUAAAAGAUCCUUUUGCCCGCUGCUUACAACUGCACUGUUUUGUAGAUAUGUUUGAAGAUAGAAUCUAUUUUUAUAAAUGAGGAAAUUGACUCUAGAGUGAUGAGCUGAACUUCCACUUUCCUUGAUGUCUGUCACAACAUUCACCAGAUAAAUUCUUUAGGUUUGAAAAUAGAAUUUCCUGUUUAUAAUGUGUUAUAUGCUCCUUGCUUUAGAGGCACUAGCUCAUUCAGUUCUUUCAAUAACUCUGGGCAGUAAUAUUUUUAACAAAAAUUUUUAAUUACUUUAUCUGGGUUGCAUGCUAAUUAAUACCUGAACUGGGAUCAUAAUUUAAAUAUUCUGACUUCCACUGUAAUUUUCCUUCUUUAUGUGUUCAUUAAAGAAUCAGAAAAAGUUGCCUCUCCAGAUUAGUGAUUGUUUAGAAUGUGCUGAAAUUAGAUAAAUGUGGCUCUGUUACUGUUUAUCUCUCACUAGGGACAUAGACAAAGAUAUAUAUUUGGCAUCCUUUAGUAAUAUACUUGUCACGGUGAAUUUUUAAAACAUAACUUGGCUGUUCUCCUUCUGUGGCAGUAAGGAGCUGGGCACAUGGAGAUCCCAAAUCAUGGGGAUAAAAACAAAAAGAAGUUAAAAGAACAAUCCCUGAGAUAUUAUUAACUUUUCCCUUUAUUGCACAGUAUUGUGAUUGCCUCAAAUGGUCGUAGUUCUAAGGAGGAGAAAUAUUGCCCCUUCCUCUUUUGCCAAAUAAAGUGCCUCUCAUUUUCCUGCAGGAAUUCCCUUUCUGAUGGAGCAGGGGUCUCUGAUGCCUGAGGUCCUAGGUUCCAACAUCAGCUCAAGAAAAUCUAAUCAUCACCUUUCUGAAACAGAUAACUGAACAUAGAGAAAGGUUGAAUAUAAAUAAAUAAUUAAGAUAAAAAGGAAGUAAGAAGAGAUUAAAGUCUGAAAUGGUGGAAGAAUUUCCACACAUCCUGGAGCAAGAGUGAGGGGGACGCAGGAAACAGGAGCCAGUGUCCCUGUGCUCGGGCAUGUGAAAUAGUCCUCAAAGGCAACACAGCAAAUGUGACAGGGGACCAGGAAGUGGAAGGAGCAGCAGGGAGGGUCAUAGCCAGAGCUGAAGAGAAAUUUGUUAUGUGUUAUUUAAAUGGACCAAUCCUUGAGAGCAAUGUGAUCACUGCAAACAUGGGCUAAUAAAAGAAUUUUAAAAGACGAAAAAGGAAAAAAAAAAAAAAAAGGACACUGAGACAAUAGGAUAGCUAGAGUUUGAGGAGUGAAGAAAGCCAGAAGAGAAGGUCCUGUGAACUCUGAGGUAUGAGCUGCAUCUACAGAACUGGCUAGAACUUGGGUUAGGAGGGUGCUGCUUGGUAUGGAUUCGCCCCUAACUGGACAGAAAGGAAUCUCCCAAAUGAGUGAUUGGAACAAAUGUGCAGAAAUGUGGACAGUAAAGAUUAUUUUAAUGAACUCUCAGAUUGAAAUGAUGCAUAUGCCAUUAAGAACUCAAGGACAGGUGUCUUUAUUAUAAAGUGUCAAAGAAGUUGACUAAAUAGUGUUUCUUAUACAGUUUGUGGGAAGUAGAAUGUGGGAGCGAUAAAAUUGGGUAUUUAGCUGGACCUAUAUGUAAGCAAAGUGUUGGAAGAGUGAAUUGAUUUCCAUAAAAUGGAGGAAGACUAAAUGAUUUAAGGUGGAGUUGUUAAUAGGAAGCAGAAUCUAAAUUUGAGGACAAUUCUCAGCCCACUGAGGAAUGGAAAAGCACCAAGUGUGUGACCCUCUGGUAAGAGAUUGGUGCAAACCAGCCAUAUGAGCAGAAGUCAGGAUUGUGCAGAUCAUGAAGAGAUGGCUGGGCAGGGCCUUCAGAGCUCACAGGCCUGCCUGUCUCUGGUGCUGGCCUCUGGGAGGCAGAACAGUGUCAGAGGGCCGAUGGGUAUCUGCAGGACCUUACCACCUUACCAGGUGCUGACCUAAGACUCUGACCCCUGCACUCCGUUGUGAACCUUGGGUGAAAAGAGCAUGAUGUGUAAUGUGCCCACAAAGCUGCGGGUGUGUGGCAGCCUUCCUUUAGAUUUCAGAGGAUGCCACAGUGAACUUCAGGCCUCAACCCAAAAAUUGCCAUGGUCUCUGAGGAGAGUUCCUUCUGGGGCAAUGCACAAUAUGGCCAGGGAGGUCCCUUUGCCCUUGUGACCACAGACUGGCACACCCAUGGACAGGAGCGUGGGUCCACUGGGAACCUUGGGCAUGUAGCUCUGGCAUGGGACCUCCAAGGAGGUGGGGCUGCUACAGAAGGCCAUUGUGGGUGUGGGGCCACUGCCCCCAAGGCCUGGAAGGCAGAGCAUCCAGCUUUAGGAGUUCAUUCCUGCAGUAGUUUAAUCUUUUAAAGGACCUGUUAUCCCAUUCUAUCUUCUUUAUCUCUUUUGUAAUGGAAAUGUCUAGCCUGUGCUGAACUCAUCUUUAUAUUGUAGAAGCUCCCAAAAUGUUUAGUUCUAUAAACAAUUUAGUUCAAAACAAUUCUCCUCAGGGUCCAUCAGACCUCAGGUCUCACCCAUAUCUUAUAUAAAUAAUAUUUAGCUAAGACUCUGAACAUUAAACUUUAGGGUUGACUCUGGAACAAGUCAAGAUUUUAGAGCAAUUAGGAUGGGGUAUUUUGCAUGUGAGACAGAAAUGAAUUUUGGGGGCCAGAGGUAAAGUGUUAUCAUCUGAGUGUUUAUGUUACCCUCAUUCAUACCUCAAACUUGAAUCACCACUCUGAUGACAUUAGAAGGCGGGAACUUAGGAGGUUGACUAGGUCAUGGAACUCUCACAAAUGUGAGUUUCACCUUGUAGAAGAAACACUAGACAGCCACCUUGCCCCUUGCACCACAUAAGCACAUAUGGAGAGAAGGUGCUGUUCUACAAACUAGGAGUGAAUCUUAACCACCAAAUCUGCUAGUGACUUUGACUUGGAUUUCCAGUGUCCAGGAUGGGGAAAGCAAGUUUCUGUCACGUAUAAGUCAUCCAAUUUACAACAUUUUUUGUAACUGGCCAAAUGGGCCAGAUUACUCUUCCAGCUGUAAAGUGAUAGAGAAAGUUUGGCACUGCUAUUCUGAGUCUUGAGGACCUGAAGCGAUACCCACAAGCAUUCAUACAUGGCACAACUUCCCUCAUUCUUGGAUUGGCCUCUAUCUUUCCUCCAUACCAGCUGCACUAACUGCUUCCCCCAACAUAGGUGAGCUACCCUCCAGUCUGACCAGUGAUCUUUCCUAAGCGCAGAAGCCUUGCACUCCAUGUCAUGCUUUGCUUAUUUUAAUAACACUAUGACAUCAAGUGAAGAAAAGUCCUUUAAGUAAGAGAGGCUGUAUAAUCAGGGAAGGACAACUAGGGAUCCUCCACAAUAGAAGUAUAGUUUAAGGAUGUUUGAGUAGCAUAAUCUAGAACAUCCCAACUCACUAAUCCUCCAGGUAUGAAUUUACAGUGAUUAAAUCAUUUGAAAAUUUAAUCAGAUAAAAUUACCUUUGAAACUACUCAAUAAAGACACAAAUAGUAGGUGAUAUUCUUGGAGGUAGAAAACACAGCAGUUGUACACAGGCAAACCUUCAUCACUAUCCCGAGAAUUUCAACAAUGGACAAGUUACAUUUUCAUAAAUUUCUUCCUUGUACCACUAGAAACAUAAUUAUCAAGACCUGAGGCAAAAUGAUGGCCUAUAAGAAUUUAAAACAGUGUGCAGUGUUAAGUUCCUGACUUUUUUUAGGCCUCAGUAGCUAUUUGCCUUUGGGUAAGUAGCUUAGGUGAAGCCUGUUUUUCUUAAGUAAUAGGAAUAAUGAGACCAAAUCUUACUGGAGUUAUUGAUUUAAAAUUUGGGUAAAUUACUUAGCAUAGUGGCCAGCACAUGGCAUUCUGCAUUAAUUAAGUAAUAGUAAUAGUAUUCUUAUUAUAGGUCAUCAAUAUCUACCUAAUUCAAGAGUGAAUCUUAAUCACCAAAUCUGCUGGUGACUUUGACUUGGAUUUCAUAAUAUUAAAAAUGUUUAAAAAAAAAGACAGUAAAACAACUUGUGUAGAGUUUGCCACCUGUUGGGAGCCGCGGCCGAGCCCGGUCGCCUUACUUGGCGGACGUGAGGCCUGUAGGAAAGAGCAAAGCCUGAGCUAGAUUACCCCUCCCAUCGAGUGUGCUAAGAUGGCGCUUAUCUCCUGCUUCCUGCUUGGUAAACAACCCGCCCUGUAAGAUCUCCUGCUUCCUGCUUGGUAAACAACCCGCCCUGUAAGAUCUCCUGCUUCACAACCCGCCCUGUAAGAUAGUCUGCCUAGCAACAACUGAUGUUAGCCAAUCAGCCCGCAUCGCGCGCUUUGAACUGAUUGGCCACUGUAACCCUAUAAAAGUGAGUGCCUCUCCCGCCACGAAAAAAGGAAGCAGAAGAAGCACGCAAGGAGCCGUGGGGAGCGGACCAACAGAGGCUUCGGCCGGGAGGAUUCCCGGGGCAGGCUGUACGGAGAAGGAAAAUAAAAGAAAAGGUUGUCCACUGCCAGACUUUGUUGUGUGUCCUUCCUGCCGGCCGGGAGUGACACAGACAUCUGGUGGCCCGUACGGGGAACUGAUCACCCCCGAGACGUGGCAGUGGACAACGCUCCAACGCAGAGCUGCAAGACAGGUGAGUAGAGGAUAAACCUGGGCCCUGGGUGGCGCGCACCUACAGGGUUUGUAGACUCCUCUCAGGCUCACGCGUAAGUGGCGGAUUCCUUGGGCCUCACGCGGUGAGUAACAUGUUAAAAAAUGGGAAACAUGCUAGGUAGCGGCACUAAGAGUGAGGGUGGUUGCGGGGAAAGCUCUCAAGAGCUUACAAAAGUACGCAGGGUAUUUGAGCAGGCCCAGUCAGGGAGCUCCCGAGAGGGGUCCGUCAAGGGGAACAAAGAUGCUAAGGAGGAGGACGGGGCUCAAGCCUCAGAGUCGUCUGACUCCGAGGACGAGGGAAGGUUGAAUGGUGAGGAGGCCAAAGAGACCAGCUGUCAGGGGCCUAAGUCGCUUGAUGGGGAGACGCAAGGCUCUUUCGCUGCGUUGCACCGCGAAUUGCGCUCCGCUCAGCUAGGCUUACGAAAAAGCAGAGAGCUUCUGAGCGCCCCCUGGCAGGGGAGGGAGACAGAACCUUCUGCUCCGCCCUGGAACUCGUUCCCGGAAGCGGUCCCUCGCCACGAUGCCGCCGCAUGGGAACUCCCCCCUCUUCCGUCAGUACAGGAAAUAACGCACAGGCCGCCAUUUUCUGUUCAGCCACGGCCGCCAUCUUAUGAUGCUCCGCCGCCGGCGGGACGUUAUUUCCACAGACAGCUGUGGCAUGGGGGUCGUGUGUCUAAUGAAGACCACCCGUUCCCAGGGAUAGAUAGCGGCCCCUAUGGGAUAUAUCCUGUACAGAUGGCCAUGGCUCAGGGACGUAAUGUGUGGGAACCCUUUGAAAUAAAGCAGAUUAGAGAACUUAAAAAUGCAGUUACAACCUUUGGGCCGACUGCGCCUUACACCAUUGCCAUGCUGGACAACCUGUCUUUUGGGCCCCUCACCCCCGCGGACUGGACUCAGCUGGCAAAGGCGUGUCUGCCCUCGGGUAGUUACCUGGAUUGGCGAGCCUGGUACGCCGAGUUCGCUGCCGAACAGGCGGAAAGAAACGCUAACCGAGGGAACCGGGGGUGGAAUAGAGACAUGCUUAUGGGGGAAGGCCAACACGCUGAUGAUCAGACUCAGUUCCCUGGUGCAGUUUAUGAGCAGAUCAAUACCAUUGGGCUUCCCGCCUGGAAGCAGGUGAGUGGUGCCGGAACGGCAUCCUUGUGCCUUUCUAAAAUAGUCCAGGGCACAACAGAGCCAUUCGUUGAUUUUGUGGCUCGGAUGCAAGAUGCCGCCGAUAAGAUCUUUUCCGAUAGGGAAGUGGCUCAACCGCUGGUUAGGCAGUUGAUUUUCAAACAAUGCACAAAGGAAUGUAAGGCAGCAAUAGCCCCACAUAAGAAUAAGGAUCUUAACGCCUGGAUCAGAAUAUGCAGAGAAAUAGGGGGGCCGCUUUCUAAUUCGGGAGUUGCAGCUCUUCUGGCUGCGGCAGUGCAACAAAGGGGACCUCGCGGGCCUAGAGAGGAACAUAAAGCCAAGGGGUGCUUCAGCUGCGGGGACCCAGGACACAUUAAACGCAACUGCCCAAAUAAUGCAGACGCCAAGCCUCGCCUUAAAAAUGAAGGAUCGUAUAACGUCUGCGGGAGAUGCAGAAAGGGCCCACAUAAGGCAGAGGAUUGCAGAUCAGUCUAUGAUGCUCAAGGAAAUCGUAUUUGUGGUCGAGGACAGGAUAGCACAGCUCCUGCUGCUCCCCAGCCUCCAUAAGAGGUUCCAGUACUCCACAUGACUCUUGACAAGAGGCCCAUGCUUUUGCUUAAGAUCAAUGGCAGACAAUUAAAACAUGGUAUCCCAUACAAUCCCCAAGGUCAAGGAAUCAUUGAGAGGGCUCAUAGAAGCCUCAAAGAAAUUUUACAAAAACAAAAAGGGGGAGUAGGCCAAGGCCUGGCCCCAAAGGCACGAUUAUCCAUGGCACUAUUCACACACAAUUUUUUAAAUUUAAAUAAUGAUAAUUGCUCCCCAGCUAUGGAGCACUGCAACCCUUCCCCCAACCAUAAAGGGUGGGUUAAAUGGAAAGAUGUCCUAACAGGACAAUGGAUGGGCCCGGAUCCGGUAAUCAGCUGGAACCGAGGCGCGGUUUGUGUUUUCCCACAGGAACCGGGAUGAGAACCACUGUGGGUACCGGAGAGACUGACACGGGCAACAAAGCCCUCGACUGAAGAUCAGACCUGCCCUACCGGAGAUCCAUCACAGACCAACCAACAAGAUGAAUAGAAAUAGCGGUAGCCCAAAAUGGACAAAAAGAUCCUCAGGCAUAUGCAUGGCUCGCUCGCCUAGCCUACGACCGAGUCUAGGGGCGGUGAGCUUCCCACACUCCUCCUCUAAAAAAUUAUGACAUAGCUGGGUAGGAGAGUCAAUGACGGGUAAGAGCGUACUCCCCCGGUGCGACUCAACCUAAGCCAGGCCCUACCCCAUCCUGCACGUAAGCCGCUGGACUGUUAGAUGCUGCCCAGGUCUAAAUUUCUCUCCGAGGGGAUUUCUUUACGGAGAGGAAAUGAGUGCAAGCUUGUGUGCAUCCAGGUUCCGUCCAGUUUGUGCCUGGCCCUAGAAAAAGGACGAGGGCCUCAGGGCCUUGGCAGACCAUGGGACGGCCGACCAGGGUCUAAGCCAAGGACCUACGGUGGGCCUACGCAUAGGGCAUAAGCCUCUGCACCCAGUCCAGGAAGGGCUACGAUGCGCACAUUCAUAAAAAAUAAAAAAGGGGGAGAUGUUGGGAGCCACGGCCGAGCCCGGUCGCCUUACUUGGCGGACGUGAGGCCUGUAGGAAAGAGCAAAGCCUGAGCUAGAUUACCCCUCCCAUCGAGUGUGCUAAGAUGGCGCUUAUCUCCUGCUUCCUGCUUGGUAAACAACCCGCCCUGUAAGAUCCCCUGCUUCCUGCUUGGUAAACAACCCGCCCUGUAAGAUCUCCUGCUUCCUGCUUGGUAAACAACCCGCCCUGUAAGAUCUCCUGCUUCACAACCCGCCCUGUAAGAUAGUCUGCCUAGCAACAACUGAUGUUAGCCAAUCAGCCCGCAUCGCGCGCUUUGAACUGAUUGGCCACUGUAACCCUAUAAAAGUGAGUGCCUCUCCCGCCAAAAAAAAAGAAGAAGCAGAAGAAGCACGCAAGGAGCCGCGGAGAGCGGACCGGUAGAGGCUUCGGGACAGACUGUAGGGAGAAGCACGCAAGGAGCCGCGGGGAGCGGACCAACAGAGGCUUCGGCCGGGAGGAUUCCCGGGGCAGGCUGUACGGAGAAGGAAAAUAAAAGAAAAGGUUGUCCACUGCCA